CCUGCCACAGCAUCCUUUUAUUUGCCGUCACCCAUCUAUACAAAAACACUACGGGACUGUCGGAAAUAAGAAUAUAGUCGAUUUCCUUUGGUUUAGGAUGUUCUCCUUCACAUAGUUCGUCAAUGAAUCAGAAUAAGGAAUUUAUCUGCAGAUGGUAUUAUGACUGCAAAAAUAAAAUGACCGAUUGUAUCAUUAGCUAGAGCAUUAUAUAUAUUUUUUAAACUCAUAUCGGCACCAUGUCCCUGUUUCAGAGUAAACUGUAUUAUAUGGUGAGGGUAUAAGACAGGUCGUUGAUGUACCAGAUGGAGGAGUCCUAAUAGAAUCCUUGUGCAGCAUCAACAACGAAAAUGCAUGAAUAGAGGAUUGUCUUCCACAAGGUGUGUGUGUGUGAGGUUGCGAGGCAGUGACCCGGGUAGAGUCCAGCGGGGAUUGGAGGCCAGGCCCAGGGGCUGACUGACCGCAUGCCCGUAGCCGUGGGUGGGGCUCUGAGGCGGCCCCGCCCUCCACCAUGACGCGGCUGAUGUUGGGACGGACCCUGGAGCGCAUCUGCAAGGCGGUCCUGCUCCUCUGCCUGGUCCACUUCCUCAUCAUGAUGAUCCUCUACUUCGACGUCUACACCCAGCGUUUCGACAUCUUCAGCCGCCUGCACAACGGACGCAAUGCCACGCGAGGGGGCGCCGGCGGCCAUCACUUCUACUACAACCUGUCCAGGCCCAAUGCUACGUUCAGUAGCUACCUGGCCACCGCAGACCAGCUGCUGCCCACCAGGAGGUCCCAGAGCAACCAUACGCCCACCACCAAGCCCGUGCCCCCCUGCCCGGAGAUCCCCCCUGGCCUGGUGGGUCGCCUGCUGAUCGAGUUCGGCUCCCAGAUGACCAUGGAGCGCGUGCAGCGGGAGAACCCCAACGUGACAGAGGGGGGCCGCUACACGCCUCCGGACUGCCGUCCCAGGUGGAAGGUGGCCAUCAUCAUCCCCUUCAGGCACAGGGACAACCACCUCAAGUACUGGCUCCACUACCUGCACCCCAUUCUGCGACGGCAGAAGAUCCACUAUGGCAUCUACAUCAUCAACCAGUUGCCCAGGCUGUCAGGAACACUGGCCAAUGUUUGCCUGUCUGCCAUGCUGCUCAUCAUGUUCACUGGAGGCCAGCCCAGAUACUGGCUCCACUCU